AUGGUAUUCGGAACGUGUUCUAGUGGUCGUUAUCCGGUUUCAGUACAUUACAGCUACCACAUAAAUUGUGGCUCCUCUAAAACUGAUGAAGACUUGCACAAAUCUGUAAAGGAGUUCUUUUCUUUGGAUAGUUUGGGGAUCAUCAAGUCCGAAAAACCAAUAAUCAGCAGUGACGACGAGCGUGCUUUAAACAUGAUGCGUUCGUUAACCACGCUAGAAGAAGACCGCUACCGGACGGGCAUGCCAUGGAAGUAUGACGACGUGAGGAUGCCGAACAGUAAGAGCAUGGCGAUGAAACGACUUCUUUGCUUAGAGCGGAGGAUGGCACGGGAGCCAGAGCUAGCUAAGGCGCUCCGUCAUAAGAUGAACGACUAUGUGGAAAAGGGAUACGCUCGAAAGUUGACCCUUGAAGAACUGGAGCAGCCACGCGAUCGGAUUUGGUAUUUACCGGUCUUUCCGGUGUUCAACCCGAACAAGCCCGGCAAGUUGCGGAUAGUUUGGGACGCGGCAGCAGAGGUAAACGGUGUAUCGCUGAAUGCGUUUCUUCUUAAAGGUCCCGAUCAGUUGACCGAGCUCCCAUCAGUAUUGUAUAAGUUUCGCGAGCACCUGGUGGCCAUUGGUGGGGACAUCCGAGAGAUGUUCCACCAGGUGCAGAUGAUUGAAGACGAUCAACAUUGUCUACGCUUUCUCUGGCGCACCGAGGAUGCGCAAGAUGAGCCUGAUGUUUACGUUCUAGCCGGGAUGUCGUUCGGAGCCACAUGUUCUCCAAGCUGUGCUCAGUUCGUUAUGAACGAGAAGGCCGAGAGGUUUCGAUCGCAGUUCCCAGCAGCAGUUGAUGUUAUCCAGAAAGCCCACUACGUGGAUGACAUGCUUACCAGCGUAGAGACGGAAGAUGACGCAAUCGAACUGGCCCAACAAGUGAAACAAAUUCACUCUCAUGCGGGUUUCGAAAUGCGAAACUGGGUUUCUAACUCCCGCAAAGUACUCAAAGCCAUGGGCGAAGAGCAAGUUUCGGAGAAAUCCAUGGAUAUCGCCUCUGAGAUGGCCAACGAAAAGGUCUUGGGUAUGUGGUGGUCAACGAGCUCAGAUACUUUCACAUACAAAAUGUUUACACAACGCAAUGAGAAAAUUCUUCUGGAAGGAAAGCGUCCAACGAAGCGUGAAUUGCUGCGGACCAUGAUGUCAAUUUAUGAUCCCCUGGGAAUGAUUGCACAUUACCUAAUGUUCGUGAAAGUACUCCUUCAGGACGUGUGGAGAUCAGGCGUGUCCUGGGACGAGUGUAUAGCGGAUCGAGAAUGGGAAAAGUGGCAAACUUGGCUGCGCUUCCUCCCGAACCUGGAAUCGUUGCAGAUCCCACGCUGCUAUCGGCUGUCUCUCUCAAUUGGUCUUUGCACCAACAUCCAACUCCACACUUCCGUAGAUGCCAGUGAAGAAGGCUACGCUGCAGUGUGCUACUUCCGGUUCGAGGAACGCGGUCAAGUGGAAUGUGCUCUAAUUGGAGCAAAAAGUCGAGUCGCUCCUCUUAAAUUCACCUCCAUUCCGCGUCUCGAGCUCCAGGCAGCUGUUGUUGGUUCCCGAUUGGCGAGCAAUAUCCAACAAGGUCACACGUAUAAUAUCAACAAACCCUAUUUUUGGACGGAUGCUCGCGAUGUCCUAUGCUGGCUCAAGUCCGACCAUCGACGAUACAGUCCGUUUGUGGCCUUCCGCGUUAGUGAGCUGCUAGAGUCAACUGAAUUUUCCGAAUGGCGGUGGGUUCCCACUCGUUUGAAUGUGGCAGAUGAAGCCACGAAGUGGAAGCGAGUGCCAAAUUUGGACUUCGACAGCCGGUGGUUUAAAGCACCAGAUUUUCUGUGGCAAUCUGAAGACCGAUGGCCAGAAUUUCCAUCGUUGGGACCCACAAAUGAAGAACUUCGUCCGAAGCUGCUUCAUCACACAGAAAAAAAGCAAUGCAUUGUGACGCUGAAUGAUUACACUCAAUGGAAAACGCUUUUACAGGCUACUGCUCGUGCGCUACGAUCUUCCAAAGGCACAGUAGCAGUACGUAGUUCGGAGAGCGAUCCGCUAACACGUGAUGAUCUACGUGAAGCAGCAAACUAUCUCUAUCGGGAAGCGCAGGAAGACAUCUAUCCGGAAGAACGGAGGCUACUCACAUACUCUAAACCAGAUAAUGCUAAAAAAGUUCUCCCUAAGAAAAGUCCACUGUUCAAGCUAGAACCAUUUGUCGACGAUGAAGGUGUAUUACGGCUUCGAGGUCGCCUGAGCGCGUGCAACCUCAUUGAUGAAACCCAGAAACAUCCCAUCAUUCUACCACGGCAGCAUCUGGUUACUCAUCUGGUGGUUAAACAGGUACAUGAGGAUUUCCACCACCAAUGCCAUCAAACCGUGCUCAAUGAAAUUAGAAGCAAGUUUUACGUCCCUCGUCUACGCGUAGUCUACGGAAAAGUGCGACGAAACUGUCAGGAAUGCCAGAUACUUCUCGCCAAGCCGGAUCUACCAGCGAUGGCCGACUUACCGAGAGCUCGUUUAGCAGCGUUCAUCAGGCCAUUUUCAUUCAUGGGCCUUGACUAUUUCGGACCCAUGCAAGUCACUGUCGGACGCCGUGUGGAAAAGCGUUGGGGUGUUUUAGCCACUUGCCUCACAACCCGUGCAGUGCACAUUGAGUUAGCACAUACUCUGACGACGGCUUCUUGCAUUAUGAUUUUGCGGAACAUCAUGUCUCGACGCGGAGUCCCAAUCGAAAUAAUUAGUGACCGUGGGACAAAUCUGGUCGGCACGAGCAAAGAGCUAAAGAAAGCAUUGGAACAGGUGGACGAAAAUCGCCUAAUGUCCGAAUUCACAACCGAAGAAACGAAAUGGUCGUUUAAUCCCCCAGCUUCCCCCCAUAUGGGAGGGAGUUGGGAAAGAUUGAUUCAGUCCGUAAAGAAGAUCCUGAUUCAAAUCCUUCCAACAUCGCAUCACCCAACAGAUGAAGUUCUCCGAAACACCCUGGUCGAGAUCGAAAAUAUCAUAAACUCUCGUCCGCUGACGUACGUUGCCGUCGACAAUGAAAGUUCCCCUGCCUUAACGCCCAAUGACAUCCUAGUAGGUUCAUCAAACGGAUUAAAACCAUUGGUAACCUACGACGACAGUGGAUCGGCCCUUCGAGCAGCGUGGAAAUCAUCACAAGUGUUAGCCAAUAUCUUCUGGAAGAGAUGGUUAGCUGAGUAUCUCCCCGAAAUUACGCGACGGUCAAAGUGGUUCAAACCAGCACGCCCAAUUCAGGUAGGCGAUGAAGUAAUCAUCGUUGAUUCGAACUUUCCAAGGAAUUGCUGGCCAAGAGGUCGCGUGAUCGGCACGAAACCUUCCAAUGACGGUCAGGUAAGGUCCGCUACGGUACAAACCAAUUCCGGAGUGUACGAACGACCAGCGGUUAGAUUAGCUGUGUUGGACGUCAGCACAGAGAAGAGUGAACCGGAUAAGGAUCCGGCCACCGGGGGGGCUGUUGCGUACAUCCCUGAUGAGAAGCAACGCGCUGACGUUUGA